CUCUCUCUCUCUCUCUCUCUCUCUCUCUCUCUCUCUCCCUUCCCCCUCCCUUUCGAUAAGCUCAAUGGGACUGUCUAUUUUUAACUUCCUGUUCUUUCCUUUUGGCCGGGUAAUCAGUGUGAACAGAGAGCGUUCCCUGAAUGAGUCCCGGUAGCCUCAUGGAAGCCUUCUGACAUGACCAGCAGACAGCAUCCCUACCAAGGCUGCUCCAGGUUUAAACCCUGCUUCUAAAGUGCCAUGUCCUGCAAAGAAAGUCCUCACGUGGGUGUUUCCACCACCACUGUCAGCUCUGUAGCGGUGCAAGCUGGGGACUCCAAGAUCGUGAUAGCCGUUGUUAAGUGUGGCAAAUGGGUACGACUCCAACUGGCUGAAUCGAAGCCCAAUCUCCUAGAAAUUGGGAGCAGUCAAGAUGAAACCAAAAGACUGCUUCAUGAUCACGAGCUUCUUCUGGCCAAGCUCAAGGCCUUGGAAGAUCGUGUGUGGGAACUCUUACAGGAAGCAGACAGGACGGCUGAAGCAAACAAGGCUCAAAGUCAGGUGUAUGAUGCCAUGGCCCAGACUCUGGGUGAGGCAUGGGCAACCCUGGUCUCCAUGCUUGAAAGAAGAAGGGAGCUCCUUGGGCUGACGUCUGAGUUUUUUCAAAGUGCUUUGGAGUUUGCCAUAAAAAUAGAUGAAGCUGAAGAUUUUCUGCAGAACCCUCAUGAGUUUGAGAAUGCUGAAGCCUUACAAUCACUUCUUCUGCUUCAUGACCGACAUGCCAAAGAACUCUUAGAAAGAUCUCUAGUCCUUUUAAACAAAAGUCAACAACUGACUGACUUCAUAGAAAAAUUCAAAUGUGAAGGCUCUGCUGUGAAUUCUGAGCUGAUCCAGGGAGCUCAGAGCAGCUGUCUGAAGAUCGACAGCCUCCUUGAACUUCUGCAAGACAGGAGAAGGCAGCUGGACAAGUACUUGCAGCAACAGCGGCAGGAAUUGUCUCAGGUCCUGCAGUUGUGUCUGUGGGACCAACAAGAAAACCAGGUUUCUUGUUGGUUUCAGAAAACAAUAAGAGAUCUGCAGGAACAAAGUCUGGGUUCAUCGCUUUCAGACAACAAAGAGCUAAUCUGUAAGCAUGAGGACCUGACAGUCAAAGCAAAGGAAUGGGAUUCGGCCAUAGAGAAGCUGAAGAGCCAGGCUCUGGGGAUUCUACUGACAAAGGACUUGGCAGAGAAGGAACAUCUACAGCUCUCUAACCAGAAACUGAAUCGGCUUCGGGAAGAGUUUGGACGACUCAUGGUGGAAAGGAAAGCCUGGCUAACAAUGGCAAAUGACUUUUUUACCAGUGCUCACGAGGCAUUUGAUGUACUUGGAAAAGUUGAAGCUUACCUUAAGCUCCUUAAAUCAGAGGGUUUAAGCCUGCCUGUCUUGGCAGCGAAGCAUGAGGAAUUACACAGAGAAAUUAAAGACACUACAGCUGCUGCUCUGCAAAAGGGACGGACCUUAAUCAGCCAAGUAGACUCCUGCCGCUCUCGGGUGACAGGAAUCCAUGAGAUGAUGGGAUGCAUUCAGAAGAAAGUGGAUUGUCUCACUGAACAGUGUACCGCGCACAAGGAAUUUGCCCUUAAGAAACAGCAAUUAGCAACAUCAGUGGAUGACUACCUAAAGAAGGUGGAAAUGUCAAUUCAGGAAAUUAGGCCGGUUCUUGCUACCACAUUGAAUGUCAGUUCCAGCCCUUAUGAAUCAGAGAAGAUUUUAAAUAAAUAUCUGGAAUUGGAUAACCGAGUCAAGGAGACGGCACAUGCAUUAGAAGCAGCUGCAAAAAUCAUGACAGAGAAAAAUGAACUUGAACUCAAUGAAGUGGUAUUGCUUCCUCUUAAAGUGAAAUGGCUAGAAGCAGAAUUAAACGUGCUUGGUCGAAGCAUCAGCUACAGGUCACGAGUCCUGCAGACUUCCAUGGCAUUUCGAAAGUCAUCCGAGGAGGUAGAGGAGCAGCUUCAGAGCCUAAAGGAAUUUUAUCUGACUGAAAUCCCUUGGAAAGAUGAAGACGAUGCUGUGGUCAAGUGCCGGUCUGAUUCUGCUGAGAGGAAAUGGCAGCUAUUUUUAAAGAAGAGCUUUAUGACCAAGGACUUGAGCCUCGAGUUCCUGAACUUAAUAAACAUGGCAAAAGAGAAUGAGAUAUUAAAUGUUAAAAAUGAGAUGCACAUUAUGGAGAACAUUAUGGAAAAGCAAACAACCAGAAGGGAAGAACUCAGCCAUCUCCGAAUGGCAUGGUACCUCAAAGCCAUCGAAGGCAAGCCUGUGAGCAAGCAGUGGGAAACGUUCAAAGAGAAACUUAAAAAGACUACUCACAAUGUAAAACUUCUCCAUGAAGUUCUGAUGCCUGUCUCUGCACUGGACCUUGGAGGUAGCCUCCAGAGCAUGUCAGAUCUGCAAAGGAGGUGGAUCGCAAUGAAGCCUCAGCUCCAGCUCAAAGAGUCAUUCAAAGAUAUAAAAAAGAAAUUCAACAAUCUGAAGUUUAAUUACUCCAAGAAAAAUGAAAAAUCUAGAAACUUAAAGACUCUUCAAUAUCAAAUCCAACAAGUGGAAACAUAUGCUGAAAAAAUUCAGGCUUUGAGGAAGAAAAUGGAAAAAGUUAAUAAUAAGACAUCUGAUUCAUUCUUAAGUUAUCCAACUAAUAAAGCUAGCAUCCUUGUGGAAGCCAUGGAGGAUUUGAAAAAGCACGUGGAUGACUUUGACAAAGUUGUGACAGAUUACAAGAUGAAUUUGGACCUGACUGAGCAGCUCCAGGAAGUAAUAGAAGAGUGUAACUUUUGGUAUGAAGAUGCAAGUGCCACAGUUGUAAGAGUUGGAAAGUAUUCCAUGGAGUGCCAAACGAGGGAAGCUGUGGACAUCCUCCACAGGCAGUUCAAUAAGUUUAUUACUCCCUCAGUGCCCCAGCAAGAAGAAAGGAUUCAGGAGGUCAUAGACCUUGCUCAGCGCUUAUACGGUUUGGAAGAGGGGCAGAAAUAUGCUGAGAAGAUUGUCAUAAGACACAAAGAGAUUCUUGAAUCUAUUACUGAAUUAUGUGCAUCUCUUGUGGAACUUAAAGACAAACUGAUGCAGGGAAAUGUUCCGAAGAUGAAUUUAAAUUUGGAAGAUUUCCAUGACAAUUGCAUUGAUCUGCUAAAGGAGCCAGGGAGGGAUGAGCAGACAACAUUCAGUGAAGAAAGGAAUGAGGGGCAGGUACUGGGAGCAGAUGUGUUGACCAUCAAUGGAACAAGAGAAGAUAGUCUUCCCAAGGACUUGAGGCAGUCCUCAUCCAACAAAGAGGACAGUGCCCAGGGUCUGAUCCUUCCAGAAGACAUGUUAUCUGGAGAAGAAUCUGAGUGUAUCUCAUCUGAUGACAUCUCUUUGCCUCCACUGCCAGUGAGCCCCGAGUCCCCCCUGGCACCAUCAGACAUGGAGGUAGAAGAACUUGCCAGCUCUUCAGCCCUCGCCCUGCAUAUCAGUGGCUACAGGAUGCAUACAGGGACAGGUGGUCUAGGGAAGGCCCAGGAGUCUGUUCUUCCCCCACCCAUUGCUUUUGUUGAUGAGUGCCAUAAUAAGAAAGACACAUUUACAAGUCAUUUUGAGAGGCCCUAUCCACAGUUCAAAGCUGAAUCCUCAUUAACCUCCAGAGGAUCAGUAGAGAUGAGUACCAAGUUGCACCUCAAUGUGAAAUGUCCAGCGCGCAUGCCCCAUGAAGUGCACGACAAAGCUUUACACCAAAGCUCCCAGGCUCAGGAGAACUCGCUAGAAACGCAGGAGAAAGUGCAUGCUGAUUCUAACGUCACUAAAACCCAAGACAGGCUGCAUGCUGCCCUUGAUGUAUCCCCUGGCCUCAGCUCUCAAUCAGACACCAGCAAGAGCCAUCAGAGGCAAGUGGGUCCCCAAGGAGACAGGAAAAACUCAUCUGCAGAAAACAGCGUGGUCAGCCUAGCUGGCCGGGCGCCUCAUUUCUCCAGGCUGCUGUCCAAUGUAACUGUCAUGGAAGGUUCCCCGGUGACUUUGGAAGUCGAAGUAACAGGAUUCCCAGAGCCUACACUGACAUGGUUCAAGAAGGGCCAGAAACUCUGUGCAGAUGGACACUUACAGGUUUUGCACAAGGACACAAAGCAUUCGGUGUUCAUUCCGAAGGUGUGUGAGGCAGACGCUGGCCUCUAUGUGGCUCAAGCCCAAAACGGUAGUGGCACCCUGUCUUCCAAAGCCAUCCUCCAUGUGACAGGUAACCAUGGGCCACCAAUUACGAGAAUAAACUGGAUUGUGGUGUGUAUCAUCUAUGUCAGCGUAUCAGUAAUAUACUGGCUUCUUACACAGUAGUGACAUGUUGCUAUCAAUGGACAUUGUUAUGAGCCUAAAAGACAAUAUGAUUAUUUUAUUUUCUCAUGCAUCACACAAAGCACCCCCUCAACACACACAAACACACACACACACACACACACACACACACAGCAAUUCAUCUCCAUUUUGACUAAUCCCACUGCUAGGUGAAAUAAUUAUGUUUUCUCUGCAAUUUAACAUACUUGGAAACCAUGGGAAAUUAUGUACAGUGAAUAAUGAUACAUUUUGUACUCUAGGAAGAGAAAUAUUCUGUCUAAGAAGCUUAUCUCUUAUUUAAAGGCACACGAAUGCUCACACAGAUCACAAGGAUCAUAGGGUUGUGAUCUAGUUUUCAAAUCCAAAUGUUUGAUAAUUUGUCUUUAACUGUGCUCAUAACCAUCUCUUUGUAGGGCAUUACAAAUCAAACUGACAUUGUAAUUCUCAAUAUUGUACUAGCUUUCCUUUAACUAUGCAUUUCACAGUUUGAUCUUGUUUACUGAACAAACUUGACCUAUGCUGUGUCAACAUUCUCUACAUUCCUGAGUCCGAGGAUGUCAUUAUCAAUAACCAUUCCUCACGAUGAUCUCUUGGGCUUGAUGUUGGAGAACAGACAUGCUAUCAGCUUCAACAUGGAGUCAACCUUUCUAUUAGCUCUGUAUGUCAUGUGACAAGAUGGACUACAGGCUGCAGAAGGGGACCAGUUUUGCUCCCGUCUUUCCACUGCUGUGUAUUGGCCAUCUUGUACAUAACUGUAGGCAGGUCCUACUGCAUCUGCUGCUGCUGCUGAACACUUGUGUAGCCAUUUGCAAGGCAUCUCAGUGCCUCACUUUCCCAUCUGGAGAAGGGGCUCAUCUACCUCUUGACAGUUGAGUUUUUACUUUAUGUCCUAUGGUGAUCUGGCCAAUGAAAAUGUGCUCAGUGAAGACUCAUUACAAUGCUUGGUAUGAUUUGCCAUCUUGCUCCUCAUUACCCAUUAAUUCCCUGUCAGAUGCUGAUCUUUUAGAAUAUUAAAUGAAAAGAGUACUGUUAAUAUGUAAUUCCCAACUACUCCCUUGGGAGAGGGUAAGACUGAUGUUCAAUGAUUAGAGUUUAAAUUCCUUUCUAACUUCUUACAACUACAUCCUUUUCAAAGGCUUUGGACGGUAACCUCCGGAGGACAUAAUUAGGGUGUUUUAGGGGGAGUCUGGGUAAGACAGAAGAAGACAAAUCUAGCCUUCUUUUGUGAAAUUAUCACUGUGAUAUUGAAGAAUGUUAUAUGGCUUUCUAAUUUGCAUUAUUCAAAAAAAUAAGAGGUAUUUGUUUUCAUAUUUUAAACUUUGUCAUGCUAGGGUAAAAUCUUAAGUUGGAAGAAUAAUUUAUUACAGAUUUUUGAUGAAGGGAAGAAAUUAAUUAUGUUGCUGGAAGACUGUCUACAAAUAAUCAAAAUAUUUAAAUAGAAUAUAUUUGACAUGAUAUUAAAAAGCUACUGAAUAUUGUGAAAGAUAAAAAUGUCUAGUCUAGUAAAAAGUUGGUCUAUUUUUUCUUGUGCUGUGUGUUCAAUUUAAUUAAAAAAAUGUAACUGUUUUCUUUCACGUUUUGACAGAAAGCUAUUAAAAUCUCAUAUAUACAUCAUCCUGAGGACCUCAA